AUUACUUGAUAAUAAUUAGUGCUUUUGCUGGUUUCAUUAUUACUAGGUACAGUAAAGGUACUGUAAACUUUGACAAUAUAUCGUACAAAUGUAUUCUGGACCGAGAGAAGGAGAGAGAGAGAUAAAGAGAAGGGGUCUUUUAAUGAGUUUUAUGAACAGAGUGAGAAAAUUUUCCUAUAUAAGGCACCUUGAAGGGUCACAGCCAACAGUAUCACGAAUUUGUAACAUCGUACUCUUCACGGUACUUCCGGUUUUCGUAAUAACGUAAGAUACCCAUAAGAAAUGAAAAUUAUAAAAGUUUCGCUUUUGAAAGAUGAAAACUACAGAUUCUCGCAUGAUUUCCCAUUAUAUUGGUCAAGAUGGAACAAUGCGAAAGAUGGUGGCCAGUCGAAUCCCCGUAUUCUUCAUUUUAUCAUUAACGAUGACGACAGUCAUUUGUCAGACGUUUCAAUACAGUCACGGUUGGACAAAUGGGAAAAGAUCGGCGUCUUCGGUGUUGGAGGAACUGGUAAAUUCCUCUGGCAAGAAUGCGGUUCAAUUAGACAAUGUCCUUGUUAAUUGUGAGCUACAGAAGUUGAGAUUAUUGCUUCAAGGAAAUAUCGACAGCCAAUUUCUACAAGUUCCUUGCGAGUUCUACGAUACCGCAAAGAGAAACUACCCCGAAAUUAUGGCCAACGAGCAUUUUCGACGACAAUCAUCUACCUCUAGCAACAAUUAUUAAACGCGUUAACUUCAUUCGACUUUGCACCACAGCAGCAUUAAUUAAUCGCCAAUUGUAAUCAAGUAAUAAAAAGCUACGAACUUA